AUGGCGGUGCCUUUUAUUGUUCAGUGGCUGGAGUUGCAGGAAGAGCGGCAGUUUCGUGAGCAUCGCGAUGCGUUCCAGAUGCCCGAGGAAAUGUUCCGGUCUCGGUAUCGACUGAGUAAGGACUUGGCAUGGUGGUUGUGCGAAGAGCUUCGUCCGGUGCUUGUGCGGGAGCGAGUGAACACUCGCACAGCGUUGACUGUAGAAGUUCAAGUUCUGUGCGCGCUUCGCUUCCUUGCCACAGGCGGAUUUCAAGGUGCGAUUCCCAGUGACGAGGACUGGACUACAAGUCAAUCUAGCGUUAGCCGUUCGAUUCACGCAGUCAUCGAGGCUAUCGUGGAUUGCAUCGGCGACGCAUGGAUCUCGUUUCCAGACGACACAGUGGCAUUGAGUUCUGCAUCCGAAGGGUUCGUGCGCAGAGACUGCAGGUUCCAGGGUUGCAUCGGGGCUGUGGACGGCACAUUUGUGUGCAUUCGCGCACCAUCGGAAAGGGACGAUGCCAACAAGGCGGCUUACUUCUGCCGGAAAGGCUAUUACGCCUUGAACGUCAUGGUAGUGUGUGAUGCGAGCCUCAGAAUAACUGCCUUCGAAACCUCAUACCCAGGAUCUGUGCACGACUCUUUUGUGUGGAAAGCAUCAAGCCUCUACGCAGAGUGCCGAUCUGGGAGCCUGCUUCAUGGUGGUGAAUACCUGCUUGCUACGAAAAGGUUACUUGUUGCCUCAUGUCUUCAAAUGAGGUAUUUAUUUAGUGUGCAAUGCAUUUUUAAAUGUGCUGGUGACAGCGCCUAUCCGCUCCAGCCAUGGCUUGUCACACUUGUUCCUGGGAACCACAUUUCUCGUAGCCCUGCAGCCAUGUUUAACGCUGCCCACUCAUCACUGCGCUCAGUUGUGGAACGCUGUAUUGGGGUCCUCAAGAUGCGCUCCAGGUGUCUGCAACGGCACCGGGCGCUCUGCUAUGGGCCAGUGUUCACGUCAAAAAUCAUUGCAGCCGGCGCAGUGCUGCACAACUUGUGCGUGCGCGCUGAUCUUCCAGAGCCAGAUUGCACCUCUGGGAUCGACGACUUUGACGGAGACGUGAACGCAUGCGAUGACAGCGAAGAUGUGACGGCGGCAACACUCUACAGGGCGGGCAGGCAGAAACGCGAAAGGAUGCUGCAAAUGUUCUGAGCAGGCCAGCAGUUCAGCAUAUCCAAGUAGCCACCCUGCAAAUGAGAACCAUUGAAAUAGUAAUUGUAGUCCCUGCAAGCGCAGUGCUUCUUUUUCUUGUUUAAAUUUUAUUUUUAUCUAUGGUAUUUUUUUUGUUUUUGUUGCAGAAAGCAACAGACAGCUGGAAGACGCAGCAUAUUUUAGUAGCUAGUCCAUAAGCGUGUCAUUGGCAGGCAGUCAAAGACACUUAUUAUUUCUUUGUUGCAAGUUUAGUGUGAAAUGUCAUGUACCCUUCAGUUCUCAUAGAGGAUGACAGGGAUUACUUUCUUUUUAUGUGCCACAAGUUUUCAUGUGCCAUUGCACGUUAUAAUAGCGGCAAACAAUGAGAAGCCUCCAGUAAGCUCCAUAUAUGUUCAGUAUUAAUGCAAGACGACAGACCUUUGUUGGUUUAAUUUUCCACAUGUCGCAAUGUUGUGCUCCUAGUAGCAUACUCAUUUAACAUUUCCGGCCCUAUGUGCUGAGCCUAUGCCCUAGCCCUAUGUACUGAGAAGGUGAGAACUGUCAUCAGCAGAGUGAGCACACCUUGGACUACCGUCACGUCGUCUUGUUUUGCCGUCCCGGUGAAGAAUAGUCGGCCACAUGACAGGAGCAUGGGAGAAUCCAAAUGUAAUACCAAGAAGGCAGUCUGCCUAGUCAAUGGAAAAUCUGUGACCCUGACCACCAGCUAGCAAUGUCACCUUCCCUGAAGCAUUGACUUCUAUAUCACAAGACCUGCAGCACAGUCACUCUGCCAGCAGUUGGCGUGCAGGAUGCAUAUCCUCCAGUGUGAUGUCUGGGUGUAUUGUCUAAGUGUGCUGUGUGUAUGCUGGCUUAGGUAGUUUUUUUUUUCACGUGCCACACGAACAUGUUCUCCAUCUGAGAUGUGCUACGUGUGACUGGUGAUGAGCCUACAGUGUGAUGCUCUGGUGUGCCUAAGCAGUGUUCUACCAAGACAAUGUGAUUUUGAUGUGCAAGAAGAACAAGUGCUUCAUUUAUUGGUGCACUGGGCAUGCAGGAUGAGUCGGCAGUGUGUGCUUUGUGUAGCUUGGUAUACUGCCUGAGGGCGCUCUUUUAUGUCUUAGCAAUUCAUGCUUGCUCUUAACCUUGUUCCUUUAUGUAGACUUCAGUAGUGAGAUGUGAGUAAGCCAGUGUCUGUGGAGAAUCUCUUGCUAUGUGCUCCAUCCCUUAUAAUGGAGGAUAAGGCGUGACUGUUGAUGUGCACAGCAAAGAAUAUGUUUGCCUGCGUGGGAAUCAAUCAGGAUAGUCCCAGAUAUUCUUGUGGGAGCCACAGUGAUGAAAUAGGUACAGCGGCACUACAAAGUCGACACGUUUCUAUUGGACGGCAUGUUUAAUAAUUUCGUCCUUUCUCUGUCCACAUUCAUUGGCCUUGUUUUAAUGCGAAAGCAUUAAGUGGCUUAUGAGGCAGGAAAUGCAGUGUUGGCGUCAUGACCACACGAUAAUGCAGGAAGGCUACGAACCCUCGGCCUUUGAUGGAAGUCGAACCCACGACCUUGUGUUGUGCACACCUUGUAACGAACACCGCUGGUCACAUGAUGUCGCCGCGCUUCUGCUGACAUGGCUGCACUGCUUUAACAUUCAUCGACGUAGCGAGAACUAAGUGCCAUUCUUGAAUGCU